GACUGCUUUACUGUGGUGACUUUUUUCUUUUUGCCACAAGUUUUCCACUCUGAAAGGAUGUUAGGGGUUUUGCUGCUUGCGUUCUCCUUGGUUACCAUUGUUCAUUCUGAGCUCUGCAGACCAGAUGCACAGAAUGCUUUCAAAGUACGGCUUAGUAUCAAAACAGCUUUGGGAGAUAAUGCAUAUGCCUGGGAUGCAAGUGAAGAAUAUCUGUUCAAGGCAAUGGUGGCUUUUGCAAUGAGAAGAUAUUCCAACAAAGAAACAACUCAAAUUUCCAAUGUGCUGCUUUGCAAUAUGACAGAGAGGGUGUCAUUUUGGUUUGUGGUCACAGACUCUGCCAGAAAUGUGACAACUGUUCCUGGAAGUGAAGUAGAGGCAGCCAUAAGGAUGAACAGAAACAGAAUCAACAGUGCUUUCCUACUGACAGACAACACACUGCAGUUCUUGCAAAUUUCCUCCACUUUAUCACCACCCAUUGAACCCACUGUGCCUGUCUGGCUUAUUGUGUUCGGUGUUGUUCUUUGCCUCGUUGUGGCUGCAAUUCUUUUCCUUGUUGUUUCAGGAAUCCGGAAACUCAAAAAAAAUAACAAUGAGUCUGCAGAGACAGGAGAUUUAGAAGACAAAUGUGACACACCAGUGACAACAGAAAAUGGGAUUCCCUGCGAUAUACUAGAUUUAAAAGCAGGCCAGAUUAAUGGAGUCUACGCAGCAGAUGAUGAACGGUUCACACCACUAUGAAAUGUCAGUUUCUUUUUGGCUUCUUUGAGAGAGACUGCACUAACUUUAUGUAGUCAUGACUGAUGAAUGUCAAACAUUAAGCAAGAAAAAUAUGACUUGUCAGCAGGGCCUGCUCUAGCGUUUUUGCCGCCCCAAGCACCAAAAAAAAAAAAAAAAAUCCGCGAUUGCGAUCGGCAGCAG